AUUAUCACUUCCUCAGAGAUUUCUCUGGCCUUCUCUUCACAGCACUUACAUAAUAUGAUCUAUUACAUAUUAAUUUGCUUAUUUGUUUCGUUUUCGUAUACUCCCAUCCCUCCCAGAAGCUACAAGAGAGCAUACUGUUGUAUCCCUAGGGCCUAGAAUACACAUAGUGUACUCAAUAGUAGGUGCACAUAGUAGGUACUCAGUAAACAAUAUAUUGCUUGACAGGCUAGAAGAGGUGAAGAAACACAAAGCAGGAGCGAAAAGUCUACUAGGUCAGGCGCUUUUUGGACUUCAUGAAACGUGUGAGCGCCACCUCUCGGGAAGCCAAUUUGCUCGCGAACGAAGGAAGUGAGUCAGAGAACUCGGGGGUGGAGGGAAGAAAGCACGCAGCUAACCGGAAGAGCCUGAAGAAGCUAGCGCCGGAAGUUAAACAGCAGAAAGUUGUUCCCUAGAUUGACUGCCUACUCCCAAGAGGAAGCGUGGGCAAACGGUGUUCGGCAAAAUGGGCUCUCUGGCAGCGGAUCUGCGCAGAAGCGUUCCCUGCGUACAAGUGCUGCUAACCACGUGGAGCCCAGAGGCAUUUCGGGUGCUGGAGGCUGCAGCCGGAGUUCAAGCCCAAGCUGCUGGAGGGGCCUCUGAAGACCUUCUCAAGGAACACUACAUCGACCUGAAGGACCGUCCAUUCUUUGCUGGCCUGGUGAAAUACAUGCACUCAGGGCCGGUAGUUGCCAUGGUCUGGGAGGGGCUGAAUGUGGUGAAGACAGGCCGAGUCAUGCUCGGGGAGACCAACCCUGCGGACUCCAAGCCUGGGACCAUCCGUGGAGACUUCUGCAUACAAGUUGGCAGGAACAUCAUACAUGGCAGCGAUUCCGUGGAGAGUGCAGAGAAGGAGAUCGGCUUGUGGUUUCACCCUGAGGAACUGGUAGAUUACAAGAGCUGUGCUCAGAACUGGAUCUAUGAAUGACCAGACGGCAGACCACAAUGCUUUUCACAUUCAUUUCCCCUCCUUCCCGCGGGCAGAGGACCAGGCUGUAGGAAAUCUAGUUAUUUACAGGAGCUUCUUCAUAAUCUGAAGGGAAACUCUUGGAGCUGUGAGUGCUCCCUGUACAGUGUUACCAUCCCCUACCUCGGAUUAAAAUGCUUCCUCCCACCAGAGGAUUCAUGGA